UAUAUAAUGUGAUUGUAGUUGGGGAUAUCAUAGAUGUCGUGGCACGGCAUCGGCCAUGACAAACUGGACGUGCUUUCCACUCUUCUCUUUCCUUUCUUGUGCUGUCAUGUCUUGUCCUGGCUUAGUUUUGAUUUGAUUAAUAAAUCUGUUUGUGCAUGAAGCAGCAGCCUCGCCGACAGCUGAUGGGCGACGCAGGAUCCGAUGCCUUCGGAGGUGAACCGGCAGCUGCUGUGGAGGAGGGGGAGGGCCAAGGCCAGGAGGUGCCUGUUGCUGCUGCUCGCCGUGCCUGCCUUGGCCACCGUCGCCCUCGCUGCAUUCGGCCGCUUCCGGAACAUGUUGGAUCGCCGGGAUCAGCAGCAGCUGGAGCGGCUCCGAGCAGAAAGGAAGGCUAAGAUUGGCAGCUUUAGGGGAAGCCACCACAACUUGCAGAGGCUCGUCCAGGUAGAAAUAUGGUCCUGAUGCUGCAGCCGGUGUUGACAGCAGAACGGAAAAGCUCAAGAGGACGCACUCGCGGUUGAGCUUCCACGUGGGAGAGGGAGACGAAUGAACGUCCAAAGUCUUAUACGCACACUUGUUUGUUUGUUUCUUUUGGAUGAGAUCUGCAUCUUAAAUUAAUGGGAUGGGUAACUGUGGAUGUGGAUGGUUUACCAUUCAGUCAUAUGUAUGCUUAGUUACCAUGGUUAUUAAAGCGGUAAAACGUUAAAACGUUAUGAACCAACUUUUUAACUUUUAAAUGUUUAAACAAAUGUUGAAACGUC